AUGCAGAACCUUGACGGCUCUUCCGCCACGAGUGGCCGACUCCCUCAUGCCCUGUCCAAAGCAAAUGGGAACGUUGAUCACACUGGAUUCUCUCACGGCGCCUUCAAUUCGAACCAGCCAUCACUCUCCGGUUAUGCGGACCGUCAUCCUAGAAGGCCCAAUAAUGUUCCAUCAAUCAAUACUGGACCGCUCGGUCAAGCCGGCCACCAAGGCGCUGGGGAUUUGACAAGCCCAGGAACCGCUUUCGAUAUGCAAUUUACCCCACUGCUGCCAUCUCAGCUCCUCCUUGGAAGUCCCUUUCAGCCAGGCAGCCCCUCGACGUUUGCAUCACCGCAGUUUCCCAGUUUCUCGAGCUUCACACAGCAGAAUGGAGCUUCAGCACACCAAGGCCAACAGGGGCAGGUUGGAAGCCCCCUUCAAGCGCAGCACUCCUCGCUUUCUCCUCAGAUGUACCAGAGUCUGGUCUCACCCACCGGAUAUGGUACCUCUCAAUUCCUACCCCAGUCUCCUCCCAGUGGUUACACGGGCAUUGGAGGUCAAUCCCUUGGCAGCCCAGCCGGUGCGGUACAGAUUUCCCCGGGCAUGGUGUCAGGGACUAGUAGAACCGUCUAUCUCGGGAACAUUCCCCCAGAGACUUCUGCAGAGGAGAUUUUGGGCCACGUGAGAAGCGGUCAAAUUGAGUCAGUGAGAUUGCUGCCGGAUAAGAACUGCGCCUUCAUCUCGUUCUUGGACAGCAACUCAGCAACCCACUUCCACUCUGAUGCCAUACUAAAGAAACUCUCUAUUCGCGGCCAGGAUAUUAAGAUUGGCUGGGGCAAACCUUCGCAGGUUCCGACCUCGGUAGCCUUGGCGGUCCAGCAGUCUGGAGCCUCAAGAAAUGUUUACCUGGGAAAUCUCCCAGAGGAAAUUACCGAGGAGGAGAUUCGGGAGGAUUUAUCCAAGUUUGGCCCCAUUGAUACCAUCAAGAUUGUUCGAGAGAAGGCCAUUGGCUUUGUUCAUUUCUUAUCGAUUGGCAAUGCCAUCAAGGCUGUCUCUCAGUUGCCUCAGGAAGCGAAGUGGCAAACCCCAAGGCGCGUUUACUAUGGAAAGGAUCGGUGCGCGUACGUUUCCAAGACGCAACAGCAAAAUGCUGCUCAAUAUCUGGGCAUUGCUCCGGGAUACGCUCACGCACUCAACUCUACGGAUCGGGAUUUGAUCUCGAAUGCUCUGGCACAACAAUCCGUUGCAGCGGCGGCAGUGGCUACCUCUGCUGGUGGGGUCAACAACGUUGGCAAUCGCACCGUAUACCUCGGUAAUAUUCACCCUGAGACUACAAUUGAGGAGAUCUGCAAUGUUGUUAGAGGCGGACUUCUUCACCAUAUUCGAUACAUUCCCGAUAAGCACAUUUGUUUUGUCACCUUUAUCGACCCCACUGCGGCCGCAUCAUUUUAUGCCCUCUGCAACCUACAAGGCCUCAUGAUCCACAAUCGGAGGCUCAAGAUUGGUUGGGGAAAGCAUUCCGGAGCGUUGCCUCCGGCUAUUGCUCUGGCGGUGAGCGGCGGUGCCUCGCGCAAUGUCUAUAUUGGUAAUUUGGACGAGGCAUGGAGCGAGGAGCGCCUGAAACAGGAUUUCUCAGAGUACGGUGAAAUUGAGCUUGUCAACACUUUGCGGGAGAAGAGCUGCGCCUUUGUAAAUUUCACCAACAUUGCCAACGCGAUCAAGGCUAUUGAAGGUAUUCGCGGCCGUGAAGAAUACAAGCGGUUCAAGGUCAACUUUGGCAAAGACCGAUGCGGCAACCCUCCUCGACAAGGCAACAACCAACAGGGUUCCCAACAAGCUGGAACUCCCAGUGGCCGGGACGGCGUUGCAUCUCCUCCGCCGAUUGCCAGCGGUCUGCAGCCCAGCUUGAGCCAAGGCUCCGCGAAUAGCCCUACCGGCUCAGCCCUGUCCCCUGCCGCCGGCUCCACUGGCGCUGCCUCCGGAAAAGGACCCAGCCAGCAACAGUCACAAUUUGCUCCUACCCCUUCAACGGUCCUCAAUGCGGGCAACAGUAACCCAUUGACAUUGUACUUGAGCCAAGUAUCGGCGCAGCAAGGCCAGCCGUCGGCACCCGGGCAGGAUCCUUACACAUUACUCGCUCUUCAACAGCAACAGCAACAGGUUCUGGCCGCACAGCAAGCCGCUCUGUAUGGCGGAGCUGGUGGUGACUUGGAAUCUAUUCAGCAGCAGGGGCAGGGAAAUUCCAACUCCCUUGGCGUUAACGGAGCCUCUGCUGCCUCAAGCGGUCCUGGCUUGACGCCGCCUUCCAAUCUUAACCUCAACGUUGCACGUGGACAGCACGCUCGUGCAAUUAGUCUCCCCGUUUUCUCUCAAGGACCCUUUGGUCAGCAUCAAUCUUCUCAACAGCAGCAGCAACAGCAGCAGCAAUCUCAGGGUGGCUUCGGCGGCAUGAACUCCGUUUUUGGAGGUUUUGGGCCCAACGCUUACGGCCUUGCCAUCCAAGGUGAAAGCGGACUUCCCCGCUGGACCGAAGAAGAGGCAGGAGCUCAGUAA